GCGGAAGUACGGAGAACUGAACCACCUCGCUUCGGGACGACACUUCCUGGUCUGGCCCGUUCUCUGGUCCCCCUGGUCGUUUCCUGCCUCUGGGAACUUUCAGUCGCGGUUGUCCAGGACCAAAGACCUUUGAGGGUUGCAGUCAUGUCGGCAGCUGCUCCGGGGACCAGCAGGGCGGCCCACAGCGAUGCGGGCACGAAGAAAAAGAAGGGACCUGGUGCUCUGGCUACGGCCUACUUGGUCAUUUACAACGUUAUUAUGACAGCGGGGUAUGUGGUGAUAGCUGUAGGUCUGGUCAGAGCUUACCUGGCCAGAGGAAGCUACCAUGGACUGUACUACUCCAUAGAGAAGCCUCUGAAGUUCUUUCAGACUGGAGCUAUUCUGGAGAUCCUGCACUGUGCUGUAGGAAUUGUACCAUCCUCUGUGGUCCUGACUGGGUUCCAGGUCAUGUCCCGGGUCUUCCUCACCUGGGCCAUCACACACAGCGUCAGGGAGGUGCAGAGUGAGGACAGCGUGCUGCUCUUUGUCACCGCCUGGACCAUCACAGAGAUCAUUCGCUACUCUUUCUACACCUUCAGCCUGCUCAAUCACCUGCCAUACCUCAUUAAAUGGGCAAGGUACACCUUUUUCAUCGUGCUGUAUCCCAUGGGAGUGACUGGGGAACUGCUGACUAUCUAUGCAGCCCUGCCGUAUGUGCAGAAGACCGGCCUGUACUCCGUCACUCUCCCCAACAAAUACAACUUCUCUUUUGACUACUACACCUUCCUCAUCCUCAUCAUGAUCUCCUACAUUCCCCUCUUCCCCCAGCUUUACUUCCACAUGAUCCGACAGAGGAAGAAGGUGCUGGGCCACGCGGAGGAUUACAGCAAAGUGGAGUGAGCUGAACAGUACUGAGACAGGCCUGAUGGGGGGAACACAAACCACAACGACCAACAAAAGAACAAAACCAGUGUCCACUUAUUGAAACACAAAGCCUGACCAGCUGACCUGGCACGUGAUCCAUUAAUCAAGCAGCUUUAUCUUUUGUUUUUCUGCUGUUGUCUGAGUUGUAUACAUGCUCACAAAUCAUGAAUGGUGGUAUUUUUGUGUUGUUGUUGUUUUUAUUUAUGACCAAACCACAGUUACCUUUGUAUAGUCAGAGGGCUUGUAGCUGUAAAACUGUAUUUUGGCUUGAAUACAGUCGAGCUACCGUCCAAGCAGAA